UCACUAAACCGCGUUUUGACUUCACUGCCAAUUUUCAAUUGCCCAAAUCCCCUUGUAUAAAUACCCUCCUCCGCCUUCUUCAUUCCUCACUUCAUCCACAUCUCUCUCUCUCUCUCUCUUCGAUCUCAAAAUUAAAUCACAAAUUUCAAUGGCUUCUUCCACCAUUCUCAAAUUGUUAGCUAUUUUCUCUCUCUUGGUUGUGUGCAUUGCAUCAAGAGCAACCCCCAAUUCUCUAGUUGAAGACACACAAACCCAGCUGCUGAAAUACCACAAGGGCGCCCUUCUCCAAGGCAGAAUCUCCGUUAACUUAAUUUGGUACGGCAAAUUCACCCCUUCCCAACGCGCAAUCGUCGCCGAUUUCAUCACAUCUCUCUCGCCCUCGUCGCCGCCGCAGCCCCAGCCCUCCGUGGCGGCGUGGUGGAAGAUCACCGAGAAGUAUUACCACCUCGCCACCUCCAAAACCUCAUCCCUCUCUCUCUACCUCAACAACCAAAUCCUCGACGAUUCCUACUCGAUCGGCAAAUCUCUGACUCAGGACCAACUCGUCGAUCUGGCCUCCAAGGGCGAGAAGACGAACGCAAUCAACGUCGUGCUGACGGCGUCCGACGUCGCCGUGGACGGCUUCUGCCAGAACCGCUGCGGAACUCACGGCUCCAAAUCCACCGCCGUCAAGGGGAAAAACAAGAAGUUCGCCUACAUUUGGGUGGGGAACUCGGAGACUCAGUGCCCCGGCUACUGCGCGUGGCCGUUCCACCAGCCCAUUGACGGCCCGCAGAGCCCGCCUUUAAUUGCUCCCAACAACGACGUCGGCCUUGAUGGAAUGGUGAUCAAUUUGUCCGGGCUUCUGGCAGGAACCGCCACCAAUCCCUUCGGGAACGGGUUCUAUCAGGGGCCGGCCGAUGCGCCGCUGGAAGCCGCGACGGCAUGCCCCGGGGUGUACGCGAAGGGGGCGUACCCUGGUUACGCCGGAGAUUUGCUGGUGGACAAGACUAGUGGUGCUAGCUACAAUGCGCAUGGUGCCAGCGCCAGGAAAUAUGUGCUUCCGGCGAUAUACGAUCCUUCCAAAAAAAAAAAAAAAAAAAAAAAAUAAUAAUAAUAAUUAUAAAAGAAAAGAGUUGUAUAUUCAUUGCCUCAAA